AUCUUUGGAACAUGGUAUUUUAGUGGGAACAGUGAGAGAGAGAGAGAGACAUCACCAUGAGCGCAACAUAUGUCCACUGACCUUAUGUAGGAGAGAGAGCUCCUUGGUGUAGAAUUGAGAAUUCAGGUGGGAGAACUCCUGCAGAAGACCAGUUCAGAUGUCUUCUGUGUUCCUCUGGCUGAUUACAAUCUUGGAUUUGAUUAGUUCCUCUUCAUUGGAUGUUUUGUUUUGGUCUUGCAGAUCGUCGGAGGGGUGUCGAGUCUUGCGUGCAAUCUUUGGUGGAUUUGGUCGAGCGCUGAGAGCAAAAGAAGUUGAUGAAUGAGGUUCGGGCCGAGGGCAACUGAGGGCGGUGGCGACCGAGGGAGAUUGGUGAGCUCCAAAGCCGCCAGGGUGGGCCUAUGAACCGGGCAAUGAUGGAAACCGACAGAGGCUGCGGCUGCGGCUGCGAGGGAAGCAUUCCGGCGCCUCAUGCAGUGAACAGGACGACGGCGGACGAGGUGUGGAGGGACAUCCGACAACGGAGGAGGAAGGAGAGCAGAGAGCAGCAGCCUGCGCUGGGUGAGAUGAUCCUAGAAGACUUCCUGGUGAAUGCCGAGGUGGGAGCUGAAGACUCUUGUAUUGCCUUCAUGCCUCGCGAGCACUGGUUGCAGCAUCGCCAUUGUGAUCACCAUCAUCAACAGCUGCAAGCUUCAGCGUUGGCCAGUGACAACCCAGCGACGUCCGAUCCGCAGACGCCAGGGCGGAAGAGGGCGGCAGGAGGAGAAGUCUCGGAGAAGACCGCGGAAAGGAGGCACAAGAGGCUGAUCAAGAACCGGGAGUCAGCGGCACGGUCGCGAGCAAGGAAGCAGGCUUACACGAAUGAGCUGGAGAACAAGAUCUCCCUCCUACAAGAAGAGAAUGAGAGGUUGAAGAAGCAGAAGGAAUUGGAAUCAGCAAUUCAUGAACCACAACCAGAAACAAAAUACCAGCUCCGCCGAACGAGAUCAGUUCCUUUCUGAUCUUUAUUUUGUGGUACAGAUGCUUGUAUUUUGUGUUGUUUGAGCUCUCAAUAAGUUUCAUGGCAAGUCUUGUGGUCUUGGCUUCAGGAUGGGCUUCAUUGUGAAUGAAGCAUUGCCUUUUUAGCAUCAAGGAGUGAUCGAAGUUUCUGCUUGCUAGUUUUCCUGUGAAUUGCAGGCAUACAUAGGGCUCAAAGAGAAGGCAUGGAAGUGUUCUUUACCAGGCUGUACAAAUCAUAAACUCUUCAAGGAUGCAUUUCCAUGUCCAGGUCCCCUGAAUAGAACCUUUCAAUGCAUAGACUCCAGCGAGAGACUAAAAGCAGCUUAAAUCAUAUGUAAAUGACCUGCAAUGAUAAGUAUUUACAUUAGAGAGCAACUAAAGCAGCUUAAAUCAUAUGUAAUGACCUGCAAUGAUGGUAUUUACAUUGGAGAGUAAAAACAACAACAAUGAGAGUCGGUAUUGACAUACCUAUCUGAUAGAGCAAGUCACCUGAGAAUA